UGGGAACGCGAUCUCAUUAUCGAGGGUUUCUAGUCCACAGUUGCGUCUCGAAUCUCACUGCGGGAGGAUGGAGCGAUGGACCGGACAGGUGGCUGUAGUAACUGGUGCCAGCGCCGGAAUUGGUGCAGCAAUCGCACGAAAUCUCGUUAAACAAGGUGUGAUAGUGGCAGGCUUUGCAAGGAGAGUGGAAAAAAUUAAGGAAAUCGCUGAUAGUUUGGAAGAUUCCUCAGGCAAACUCCAUCCCGUGGAAUGUGAUGUUACUAAGGAGGAAAGCGUAGCCGUGGCUUUCGCGUGGGUAAAGGAUAAUCUUGGUCCGAUAAGCGUUCUCGUUAACAGCGCUGGUAUCACCAAAGAGUCUUCGCUCAUAGAUGGUGCUUUGGAGGACUGGCGAUCCGUGAUCGAUGUGAAUAUUCUGGGACUUUGUCUCUGCACGCGCGAGGCUGUACGCAUAAUGCGCGAAACUGCGGCUAAAGAUGCCAUCGUGAUUCACGUGAAUAGUUUGGCUGGCGACAGGGUGCCCUUCGUUCCAGGAUUCAGCGUAUAUCCGGCGUCAAAGCGCGCUAUCACCGGCCUCGCCAUGACUUUGCGACACGAGCUUGCAGGCACGCGUAUACGCGUCACAAACAUUAGUCCCGGUUUAGUUGCGACGGAAUUCAUGGCUUCCUAUAGCAUGUUCUCCUCGGAAGCAAUGGCAGCAAUGCCGACUUUGAAUCCGGACGACAUCGCAGCGGCGGUGAUUUAUGUUUUAUCUAAUCCUUCUCACGUGUUGAUACAGGAUGUCGUGUUGAGACCUCUGGGUGAAUCGUGCGAAACCUGCAGUAUGAGUACUCUAACGAACAAGAUCGCCCUUGUCACCGGUGCCUGCUCCGGAAUUGGUAAGGCAGUCACCGAGGAAUUGGUAUCAAAGGGACUUAAAGUUAUUGGCCUCUCCAGUGACAUAAACAAGCUAAAGCUUCUCGUGGAUGAGCUGAAGGGCAAACCUGGCAAAUUCUAUCCUCUUCAAUGCGACUUGAGUCUCCCGAACGAGAUCGAAAGUGCAUCGGAGUGGAUAGAGAAGAACCUGGGUAGUGUGGACAUCUUAGUAAACAGCGCUAGCAUCAGCUUAGAUUGGUCCAUCAUCAAUGGUGGUAUACAGGAGCUUAAGAAGACUAUUGAUAUCAACUUACUCGGCUUAUCGCUUCUAACCAAGAAGAUUCUGCAAUUGAUGAAGAACAAGGAAGUCGACAACGGCUGGAUCAUUAAUAUUAACGACGUAUGUGGACUGAAAUGGUUGCCUCUUGCCUCCGACCGGCCUCUUUCCCCGGCAUAUGCUGCCAGCAAGUCAGCGUUGACCGCAUUGAGUGAAUGUCUUCGUCUAGAAUUGGCCCAAAACGAGUCCAACAUCAAAGUAACUAAUAUCUGUCCGGGAUUGGUGGAGACUGAGCUCAACCAACAAUGGUUAAAGGAAAAUUCACGAUUGGCACUGAAACCAAAAGAUGUGGCGGACGCUAUUCUCUACUCGUUGCAGACUCCGGAGAACGUGCUUAUCAAGGAUCUCAUUAUUACGCCCAUUCGGGAGAUUAAUUAAGAUCGGACAAAAUCGUUGUCUCAUUGUAGUAUUUAGAACACGUAUCUUGUGGCAAAUCAAAUAAAACAUUAAUAAUUUUCAAAUAUAAA